AGAUAGAACCGAAUUCAUUAUGCAGGUAGAUAUGUUACGUAAAUGACCUGGAGCAUGUAAAUCAAAACAAUGUCUACUGUAAAUAUGGGUCAGUUCAGGGGACCCAUUCAGCGAUCCUUUCUGUGCCUAUUACGUGCGUGUAGAUAUCAACAUACGUCUGCCGCGCCUGAAGAAAUAAGGAAUGCAAAACCUUUUCAAGAGAUUCCCGGACCUAGUGGAGCCUACAGUCUCCCGUUUCUUGGAACAGCUCUUCAUUUUCGGCCUUUUACUUCAGUGACAGUCCCGGAAAUGUACAAAUUACUUCAGUCCUUCGCUGACAAAUAUGGUGAUAUAAUGAAGUUCCGCGCUGGAAAAAAGUGGAUAGUUGUGGUAUCCAACCCCAAGUUUUCCCAACAGGUGCUUGGUUUUCCAGAAAAACACCCCUACCGACCACUCAUUGAUAUCCUAGACGUCUAUUACAGAAGAAACAAUAUGUCACCUGGACUAGCAGCACUGCAAGGCGAACAGUGGGCAAAGCUGAGAAAACCGGCAAAUGAUCAAAUGUUGCGUCCAACUGCCGUGAUUUCAUAUUUACCAAUUCUAACUCCAGUAGCAGACGAUUUUAUCGCCAAAUACAGAGAUUCUCUGGAGAUAAAAGACUGUUUAAAGACUUUGAUUAACUUUACAACAGAAAGUGUAGGGAUGCUCUGCUUCAACAGACGUUUGGGGUGUUUAGAUGGAACAUCUAACCUGGAUUUCGUGGAGGACUUGGGGACUUUUUUCCGCGGUAUUGAUGAAACAGGACAACAUGUAAAACCUUACAAAUACUUCAAGACUCCACGGUACAAGACAUUUGCAAAAGCAGCCGACAACAUGUAUAAGGUUGCAAGUAAGGAAAUGCAGAAAGCACUGGAUGAGAUGGUUAAACUACAAAAAGAAGGGAAGUUGGACUCGCUCUUGGAUGAGCCUAAUCUCCUGUAUGCUCUUAUCUACAAUGCAAAAAUGACUCCAGAGAAGGCCCAGAGCUUGAUUCUUGACUUAUUUGUUGGUGGCAUUGAUUCAACCUCCAAUGCACUGACAUUCCUGUGGCAUGAACUGGCUUUACACCAAGACAAACAGGAGCGACUUUUUCAAGAAAUCAGCACUGUAAUAGGAAAGGAUAAUCUGAGCAAGGAGGCUUUGUCAGAAAUGCCCUAUCUGAAAGCCUGUGUCAAAGAAUCUCUAAGGAAGAAUUAUCCCCUUAGCAUUGGAUCUUUUCGAAGGGUAAAUGAAGAUUUUGUUAUUGGAGGUUACCAAGUACCAAAAGGAUCAGAUGUACUCAUUCCUCUAAGAAACAUGAGUAACAGUUCGAAAUAUUACAAAGAUCCUGAUAAAUUUAUUCCGGAGCGAUUUCUAAGGGGAGACAAAUCGGUAGAUGAAGAAACUAAACACAACCAUCCAUUUGCUUAUCUACCUUUUGGGUUUGGGCCACGAGGUUGUAUUGGACAAAGGUUUGCUGAAAGCGAGAUGUAUAUCAUCACAACCAAGCUCAUCCAAGCCUAUCAAAUUUUGCUUACUCCGGAAAUGCCCAAAAAAUUGGAAUUUACCUACAGGAUAUUUGCAUGUCCAACAACAAAACUUCACCUUCAACUUAAGGAACGAUCGUAGUCCCAGUGACAAUAUAAAAGUUAAUCAGAAGUUUAUACUAAUAACAGAAAUGUAUUAACUUAAUACUCUUAAUGAAUGAGAUUAAAGAUUUAAUACAAAUUAAACUGUAUAAGAUAAAACGUCGCAUAUUAAUUAGUUAAGUACUCUUAGGUUACUUUAAGGAUAAAGAAUGCUAUUGUCGUAUAUCCAUAUUUUACCAUGUGUAAGUCUUAUGUGAAUACGCCAGUUUCGAGAUUGUAACUCUCCUGCGAUAGAGGCGCAAAAAGUAUCCAUUUCAGCAUGGAGGUGGGACAGUUUGCAUAUGUAUACAAACGUGCAUAAAUAAAUGAACGAUGUCUGUGGCUUUUAAAAUUUAUUUGAUGUUAUAGAAAGAUAAAGAUGUUAAUCAGUGAUGCAUUUUAUAAUUUUAUCAAGCUCAGCUGUGUAUAUUUAUAACUCUACUUUCAUUUAUAGGGUACUACUUGAAAACAAAAUAAACGUCGUGGUCUUCAUAAAAUUAAAAGAUUUUCUUGAUUGUACAAACAUUCUCUAAACAGUUAGUGGGAUUUUUAAGUUAUAAUAAGGUAAAAAAUCAAUGUGUCAUUUGGAGUGCCCACAUGUAAUGAUCAGAUUCAUGUUUACCGUAAUUAUUAGAGGCCCCUAUAUCUCUUCCCUCGUCUGAAAAGUCUCACAUCCACUGAAUUUUCUUUUUUGUUCCGAUUUUUUUGCUUUAAAAAAUCACACCUUUACUUCCAUUUGGUUGUUCUCGAAUUGAACAGUGCAUCCUUACAAUUAUAUAAUUACGAUAAACCAGUAUAUCGAUGAUGCGAUAUAUCCUAUAAUAAAUAACUGUCCCACCUGUUUGUUUACACGGCAACCAAACUCCCCUCCUCAACGAAAGAGCGCACCAAGGGAGAUAAUCUCGAAACUUGCGUAUUAUUCUUCAUUAUACAUCUGUAAAUAUUAUUUAUGUGUCAAUAUCUAUUGUUUAUUGAUAUCAAAGUUACAAAAUGAUUUUGACGUGAAGUUAAAUUUAUUGAAUUUUAAGUCUAUGGUUUUGUACUCUAAUACUUAUUUAGAUAAUUUGUUUAAAAAACUUCACAGAGGAUGUUGUUUAUUAGUCCCCUAUUGUCCCAUUGUCACUCUACACGAGCUGUUGUGGGAUCCCUAU